AUCGAUCGUGAGAGACUCUAGGGUUUCGUUCCUUCGCAGCCGAUCAGAGAACUUUAGAGAGAGAAGCUUCGGAGGUCGUCGACAAUGGUGGACAAGGCGAACAAAGGACGGAAGGAGGAGGUCGUCACCAGGGAGUACACAAUCAAUCUCCAUAAACGCUUGCACGGAUGCACAUUUAAAAAGAAGGCUCCAAAUGCCAUAAAGGAAAUCAGAAAGUUUGCCCAAAAGGCUAUGUGCACGACCGAUGUCCGAGUGGAUGUUAAGCUCAACAAGCACAUAUGGAGUCGUGGAAUCAGAAGCGUGCCAAGGAGGGUUCGUGUCCGCAUUGCGCGAAAGAGAAAUGAUGAAGAGGAUGCCAAGGAAGAGUUCUAUUCUCUAGUCACUGUCACAGAGAUCCCACCGGAAGGAUUGAAGGGGUUAGGCACCAAGGUCGUCGAUGAAGAGGACUGAACUUGUCUCUUGCACGCUAAUUUAAUUGAACAAUUCCAAUUUUGUCAUUUUUUUCUCUCUUUGUAACGGAGAUACAUAUAUAUUUUUCCCUUGUCUUAGCAUUUUGUUGGAAUUUCCUCAGUUUGUUCAAAAUAAUUAUUUUUCCUUU